UUGCCUGGUACAUUAAUAUUAUUCGAGUGGUCAUAAAGAAAGUGAUUCACUGUGCUCUUUGCAUGAAUGCAUUUAGAUUUACGAGACAUGGUCAAAGUUCACGCGUAGGAGGUGAAGACAUAUCCCCUUUACAACAUUACGUGCACAUACCAACCCUGCACUCACCGCAGUUGGCAGGAGACUCGUUAGGGCCCGUGUACAGAUUCACCAGAGGUCACGAAUCUUUCAAUGGAUUUGAAAGGAAGGUGGCUAUGGUUCAUGUUGACUUUGGUGAAAGUGAUAAGUUCUCAACAACUCUGCCCACACCACUGUCUACAAUGUGACCUGAACAUGAGAUGCUUGAAAUGCGUUGAUGGAUAUUACGGAGAGCUUUGCAACAUGCCGUGCGAUCCAGUGUGUAGAAACGGGAAAUGCAGAAUCGAUGGUUCUUGUCAUGAUAUAAUUGAAAGAGCUGUUUGGAAGCUCAGACGUAUGCGAAGAAACACUGGAGUGAACUGCCACGACGCGGGGUGCACAUGUUGUAAGCCGAACUACAGGGGAUCAAACUGCCAGGUGCACUGCCCCAACUGUAGGACGUGGUACAAGUCAGGAGUGUGCAACAGGUACUGCGAAGCUGGUUUCUAUGGUGAUACUUGUGAAGAGAACUGUCCAGGAAACUGUGCACCGGGUAACGCGGGCAAACCUUUGUGUAAACAAGACACGGGUGAAUGCUCCAACAACUGCAAACCAGGUUCUUGGGGGGGAAUUUGCAACAAAACCUGUCCCACAGGCUGUAAGGAGAAGAUUUGCCUUCCCAGAAGCGGCUCUUGUGUCGAUUGCAGUGGUAAAUACUAUGGCUCCACGUGUAAACAGAAGUGUCAUGGCUGUAACGAAAGUUGUCACAAAAAUGGGACAUGCGUGCAAGGAUGUGCAGAUGGUUAUCAUGGUACACUGUGUGAUCGCAGAUGUGGAACUGAUUGUAAAGACGACAAGUGCCGUCUGUAUACAACAACCAAACAGGGGAUAUGUUCGACCGAAUGUCAGUACGUGCCAGCGUCAGUUGACGUCACCGAAGACUGUGUAGCUGUUACAUCGCCAGUCCCAAAUACUUCCAAUGAUGGAUCGAUUGUAGUUAAAGUUGGGGUACCAGUCAUCGUUAUCCUCGUCGUCGUCAUCAUCAUCAUCGCCGCCGUGGUGAUAAUAUUGCUCUGGAGGAGAAAGCGCUGUUGUUGGAGCGAGGACGACGAAUUGGAUCCUAAGAGGUCAACCACAGAGAAAGGCAGUUCUAUCAGCAAGAACGACGAAAUGGUCCCUUUGAGUGAAACGGUAACAGACAGAUCAGAGAUACCUGUUGGAAUAGUUGCAGAAAGACGGAUUGCACUAGAGAAUUCAACAGAAUAAGAAAGAGCUAGUGAUGUUAACGUAGAUAAUUUUGGAAAUGACGAUAUGCCAGGCCAAUACUGAACAAUACAGACCCGUGAAGGUCCGAGUUAGAAUUGAUCUUCAGCAACCCAUGCUUGUCGUAGUUGCGACUAACGGGAUCAAGUGAUCAGGCUUGGUGACUCGGUUGAUACAUGUAUGAUUACUCGGGACCAAGUCUAACCCGGAAAGUUUGGAAGGGUCCCGAUUGUCAAACGCCCCACCUGCCAGACCAGUGACCAGUAUCACUGCCUAGUCUUACCUACUUAAUUAAUCCAACUGCGAACAAAGGAAGUCAUGUGAUAAAGAUUUCAAGAUUGUGAGCGUGUAUAAGUUGUGUUUGGUCUUUGCCCGGUUGUUUCAAUGAUAUAGACCAUGGGACUCAGUGUAUGCUAAUGAAAUCCUAUGACCUUAGAGUUUACUUUGCAUUCUUAUCAAGUUAAUUAAAUAAUAGAAAGAUUAGAACUCAUAAACAGAUUAACUUCUCCAUAACAUGAACAGAACAGAAGUUUAUUCAAACAGAAAACUUGGGCUACAAGUCCCUCGUCAUACAAUUUACAGAUACAUGGCAGAGGGAGUGCGAAAUACGCUGCAGUCGGAAAGCGCACGUUAAAUCUUCUAUAUCAGAGGGAGUCAGUUAUUAAUAGAAGCAUGAUUUGAUAUAUUUUGCGAUGUAAAUUAUAAGCGUUUUACUGUUAAUUUUAACAACUGUUUAAUUUUAACUUCACUUGGAUUUUGCCAGUAAUAUUCAAUAAUAUAUUUAGCUCUAUAAUUGUGAAACUUUAGACAUAUUUAUAAGAAAUGGCUCUUUGACAUUUACAAACCAAUUUUCCCCAUUACGUCAGAUACCUCUUUUACGAAAAAACAUUACUUUAUAAGUAUAAUCCCACAUGUAGUAUGCCUUUGAUGCUGCUCUCCCACCCAGGAAGAAGGUGUACUGAGAGGAGACUGCUGCGUCCUAGAAUUUUUGGAUGCAGUUGGACAUUUGCUGAAGCUGGGGUUGAGCAAUAAUAGUUUUGUUCUCUGUCAUUUGUGUAGGGCUGAUCUACUUUACAUUAAGGCAAACAGGUAACAAUUACCAGUGCACUCAAAUUUCCUUACCCGGUACAGGCCGUCUGAUGGUUGGGUCAUCUGACAAUUGGGAGGUUACCUUUGGAAGUGUCCUCCUUCAGACGUGGGGCCGACAAGUAUUUUAUUCAUCCUUUUGAUGUUUUCCUUUCUCUCAGUGUACUUUACACAGAAUGUCAAUUAGAGUGUAUGUUUUUUACACAUGUAAAUAGUUUUCGCUAUCUGCCUUGAUUGCGUGACAUUGCAUUAGUAACGUCUAGCGCAUUGUAGCAUUGCAUAAUGUACAAAUUCAAUUUUGGAUGUGUUUUGACAUGUUCUGGCUUGUACGUAGUCUGUGUGUGUGAUUCAUAUACCAUUAUGACCCGUCAUGAGAAAGGGUAUUUUUCUAAAUAAAUCUUAUUUGAAGUGUG